CUCGACAGUCGCCCGGUCUCGCGCUACCUGCCUGAAGGCGCCUGCGCACUGCGAACCUCCCCCGCAGAGUCACCUGUCGGAGAGCCCCGCCCCGCACAUGCGCAUGUCGUGCCGCCGCCGUGCGGUCACGUGCCGGGCGCGAGCCGCCUCCGGGCGGGCGCUUCCUGUCGCUGCCUCCGCCGCUGGGGGCCGCGGGAAGCCGGGGCGGUGCCGGGCCGGAGAAGGCCCGGGUUUGGUUCGGAUCCGCCGCGAGCUCGGGCUCUUUGUGGAGUUCAGCCCUGAGGACAUGAUGCUUGGGAUGGAUGAGACUGAAGAUGAUGGAGACCUGGAGGCUGAGCUGCUGGCCCUCACUGGGGAAACGGGGGCCACGAGCAGGCAGUCAGCACCCAAGAGGCGGGCCCCUCUCCCCAUGGCGCACAUUGAGAAGUUGGCGGCAGACUGUAUGCAGGAUGUGGAGGAAGAGGACGAAGAGGAAGGUCUGGAGGAGGAUGCAGACCUGCUGAAUGAGCUGCAGGAGGUCCUAGGUAUGGAUCAGGAGGCUGGGCCCCUGGACAGCGAUGAGGCAGCUGGUCCAGACCUCUGUGAGGAAGAGAAGGGACAGGAAGGCACUGAACCUCCAGCGCCGGCAGCCCUGCUAACAGCAUCAGUCCCAGAGGCUCAGGCUGGAGGGCCUCGGGGGCUGCAGGCUCUGCUGGAGGAGCGGAUCCGCAAUUACCGGGAAGCUUCCGCCAGUGCCAAGGAGGCAGGUGAAGCGGCCAAAGCCAGGCGCUGUGAGCGAGGCCUGAAGACUCUGGAGCUGCAGCUAGCUGCUGUGCGCAAGGGCAGGGAGAUCAAAGAGGAGGAGAUCCCACCUCCAGUGGCCGUGGGCAAGAGGCCUCCAGCCUCCCAGGAACCGGCCGACGGGAGCCCUGAGGCGGAAGUCCCAGCUCCUUCUGCCGUGGAGCCAGAUGAUACCUCCCACCUUGAGUCCAGCCUUCCAGGCAGCCCUGGCAUGGCUGCCCCUCCGGACGUAGACCCAGACCCUCAGGCCCUGCUGUUGACACGACAGAGAGAGUACAAGGUGGCUGCCCUCAACGCCAAGCGGGCUGGAGAGCUGGACCGUGCCCGCGAGCUCAUGAGGAUUGGGAAGAGAUUCGGCGCUGUCCUGGAAGCCCUGGAGAAGGGGCAGCCUGUGGACUUGAGUGCCAUGCCCCCGGCACCUGAGGACCUGAAGAGCCCCUCACAGGCUGCUAAGGCUCCCAGGGCACCCUCAGUCCUCCCCCCAGCAGUGGAGCAAGUGCAGCCAGUGAUGGCCUCGGACAUCCCACCAGCCGCAGUGACUCCCGCGGGGCCACAGACAGUGCUGGAUGCCCUGCAGCAGAGGCUCAACAAGUACCGUGAGGCGGGCACCCAGGCUCGGGCCAGUGGGAACGAGCGCAAGGCCCGGAUGCACGAGCGCAUCGCCAAGCAAUACCAGGAUGCUAUCCGCGCACACCGAGCGGGGCGGAAAGUGGACUUUGCUGAGUUGCCUGUCCCUCCAGGGUUUCCCCCUAUCCCUGGCCUGGAGCCCACGGCGAGCCCGGAGGAGGACUCGGUGGCAGCAACUUUGGCGGCUGCCCAAAAACUGGCCACUUCAGAGGAUACAGCCCUGGAAGAUGAAGAUGAGCAUGAGGGUGAGCCCUCAGCACAGGCCCCAGUGGCCAAGAAGCCGGCUCAGCCUCUGCUUCCUUCAUCCCUGUCCCAGCCUGAACCCAAAGCCUCAAGUUCUAGAGAGUCACUGAGUCCAACUGUGCGGGAGCAGCUGGCGCUGCUGGAGGCACGGAAACUGCAGUACCAGCGCGCAGCCCUGCAGGCCAAGCGUAGACAAGACAUGGAGCAGGCCAAAGCCCACCUGCGGGUAGCCAAAGGUCUUGAGGCUCAGAUUGUCCAGGCCCGAGCUGGCCGACCUGUUGACCUCUCAAAGGUACCUUCACCCUUGACGGAUGAAGAGGGCGACUUCAUUCUCAUCCACCAUGAGGACCUGCGGCUCUCCCAAAAGGCGGAGGAGGUGUAUGCCCAGCUACAAAAAAUGCUUCUGGAGCAAUAUGAGAAGUGCCUGCUGUUCUCCAAGCAGUUCAUGCACCAAGGCAAUGUGGCUGAGACUACUCGGUUUGAGAAGCUUGCUCAUGACCGCAAGAAACAGCUGGAGAUCCUGCAGCUGGCCCAGGCCCAGGGCCUUGACCCUCCCAGCCACCACUUCGAGUUGAAGACAUUUCAGACCGUGAGGAUCUUUUCAGAACUCAACAGCACAGAAAUGCAUCUGAUCGUUGUCCGGGGAAUGAACCUCCCAGCCCCUCCAGGGGUGACCCCUGAUGACCUGGACGCUUUCGUGCGGUUUGAGUUUCACUACCCUAACUCGGACCAGGCUCAAAAAGGCAAAACUGCUGUAGUGAAGAACACAAACUCCCCAGAAUUUGAUCAAGUCUUCAAACUAAACAUCAACCGAAACCACCGGGGCUUCAGAAGGGUGAUCCAGAGCAAAGGAAUCAAGUUUGAAAUCUUCCACAAAGGAUCCUUCUUCAGAAGCGACAGGCUGGUUGGCACAGCACAGCUGAAGCUGGAGCAGCUGGAGAGGGAGUGUGAGAUCAGAGAGAUUGUGGAGGUCCUAGAUGGAAGGAAGCCCACUGGGGGGAAGCUGGAGGUGAAGGCGAGGCUGCGGGAGCCACUGAGCGGCCAAGACAUGCAGACGGUGACAGAGAACUGGCUGGUCCUGGAGCCCAGAGGCCUGUGAGGAGAACUGCGGAGGAAAACUAACCUUCCGAGGCCUAACUGUCCAGGAGAUCCUUUCUAAAACUGUUCACCGUGGUGCAGACUGACCCGUGCUUUGUGCCCUGUGCAUCAGGUGGUCGGCGCUGGAAGGGGACCAGCCGGCGGCCACGUACAGGAACUUACUUUCCCGGCCUUGCUGGCUGUGGAAGCCUUUGUGGAUAAGAGAUGCUGCUACACGAGCACCAAAGACCUUGUUAAGUACAUGCCCUACUGACCACAGAAGCAGGUGGGAUUCCAGGAGCUCCCCCAGCUCCCGCUCCCCAAGAUGAGGGCAAUGGCAAGGACACCCUCAUUGCUCUGUGCCACGAGCCCCCAGCCCCUUAACCUCUACACAGCAACUGUGUACAGCUUACUCUGCCCCCAGUUGCACCAUUUCUGGAUGUGCCUUUAAAAGAUGUAACUGUAAGGGAUGGGAGAACCUGAGGGUGAUCGGGAACCUUCCCUGCUCGGUGGGGUGGGGCAGGGCCCGUGACUCACUUGGCCAGUGGCGGCAGCCUGUCUCCCUCGACUCAGUUCACCCCAGCUCUGCCUGUGCCUUUGUUCCUGACAGCUGCUGCACUAGCCUUCCUGCUCCCCAGUGGACUCAGUGCAAGAGGAGUUACUUUGGGUCCUGCUUGGUGGGAAGUGAGGGGAAGGUUGUAUCUUGGGUUUGGUCCUCGUACCUAAGAUGAAAGACUGUUAACUGGGGAGGAAUAUAUAUAU